GAUAAGAUAUUGGAGUAGAUUUUAUGCGCGUCGAUGAUAAAUUUAUGGAUAUAAUAGAGUAAUUAUUUCAGAUAAAGUAAAGCUUUACUGAUAAAUUGAAUUAUCGAGAACUAAAUCCUGUAGUUGAUCAGUUGGUGUAGCUGGGAACACCGUGGAACGCACCAUGUUCGUUCCCGUAUUUUUAUUUAUUCUUCUGGGAUCAGCUUUUGCUAUCCCAGAUGAUCUGAGAUCCAAUUUUGAAUUUAUGGACCGUAGCACUAAUAUAGAUGACCCAAAAUACCGCCUAAAAGACAGUGUGCAGCCUACAGAUGUGUACGUAGAUCUUGAUGUGUAUUUAGAAGAAGCCAGAUUCAAUGGUUUGGUUCAACAUACAGUACAGGUUCAAGAAGAAAAUCUCACGCAAAUCGUCCUCCACCAGAAUGUGGUAACGAUUGAAGCGGUAACAGUUCUCAAUGCGAACAACCAGCCCGUGGCUCUUAGGUUCCCUAACCCUUACACCACUGACAGCUACUAUGAGAUCCUUGAGAUCAACUUCGAAAAUGCUUUGCCGGUGGGACAAUAUGAUAUUAUCAUUAGAUACAGGGGACAAAUCAAUUUGAACCCAAUCGAUAGAGGUUUCUACAGAGGAUAUUAUUACGUUGGAAAUGAAUUAAGGAUAUACGCCACAACUCAAUUCCAGCCCUACCAUGCAAGGAAAGCAUUCCCAUGUUUCGACGAGCCCCAAUUUAAAUCUCGUUUCGUAAUCUCGAUCACUCGUGAUGCCAAUUUGAGUCCAUCGUACUCCAACAUGGCUAUCAAUGUAACUGAAACCUUACCUGGAACUCCAGCCCGUACUCGUGAAACUUUCUUACCAACGCCUAUCAUCUCUGCUUACCUUAUCGCCUUCCACGUCAGUGAUUUUGUUGAAACCAACACCACCAGCACUGCCACAAAACCUUUUGGAAUCAUCUCCCGUCAAGGUGAUAUCUUAAACCAGCACGAAUACGCUGCUGAAAUUGGUCUGAAAAUAACUAAUGAAUUAGAUGACUACUUUGGUAUUGACUAUUAUGAUAUGGGUCAAGGACAACCCAUGAAGAAUGACCACAUCGCGUUACCUGAUUUCCCGUCUGGUGCUAUGGAAAACUGGGGAAUGGUUAACUACAGAGAAGCUUACCUGCUGUACGAUCCCAACAACACCAACAUAAACAGCAAGAUCACCAUUGCUACCAUCAUGGCCCACGAACUUGCUCACAAAUGGUUUGGCAACCUCGUCACCUGCUUUUGGUGGAGUAACCUUUGGCUGAAUGAAUCUUUCGCGAGCUUCUUCGAAUACUUUGGGGCCCACUUUGCUGAACCAGAAUUGGAACUGGACGAACAAUUCGUCGUAGACUAUGUACAUAGUGCAUUGUCAGCUGAUGCGUCACCCAGUGCCACACCCAUGAACCAUAGCGAAGUUGCUAAUAACCCCUCGAUCACUAACCAUUUCAGUACCACUAGCUACGCUAAGGGUGCUUCUGUUCUUAAGAUGUUGGAACAUUUCGUCGGAUUCCGCACUUUCAGAAAUGCACUGAGAUAUUAUCUAAGAGACAACGCAUAUGAACUCGGAACGCCCGAAGCCAUGUAUGCUGCAUUCCAAAGAGCGACUGGAGAAGACUUGGACUUCCAAAGACGAUACCCUGGUGUGGAUAUUGGAGAAGUUUUUGAUAGCUGGGUCCAAAACCGAGGAUCACCGGUGUUGAAUGUUAACUUCAAUAUGGACACGGGAAUAAUAACUGUGACUCAACAACGCUAUCAGCUAUCUGGCACCAUUCCAACCCAGCUUUGGCACAUCCCCAUCACCUGGACUCAGCAAGGAUCAGCUGACUUCUCCAACACCAGGCCUAGCCUGAUCCUCUCGACAGCAUCAACCACAAUAACUGCCAACUCUGGUCAUAACUGGGUUAUCUUCAAUAUUGCUCAGUCAGGUCUUUAUCGCGUCAACUAUGAUGACCACAAUUGGGAGAUGAUCGCUUCAUUCCUUCGCAACAACAACAACAGAGAGACUGUCCACAAGCUGAAUCGUGCUCAGAUCGUCAAUGACGUCCUCUUCUUCCUUCGUUCUGGACAUAUCACCACAGAACGUGCCUUCGAUGUCCUCUCGUUCUUAGAGUAUGAAACAGAUUACUAUGUUUGGGCAUCCGCCAUUACUCAACUGGAGUGGAUCAGGAGGCGAUUGGAACAUCUGCCUAGUGCUCAUGAACAAUUCUCUUUGUGGAUUCUUAGCCUUCUGAACAACGUAGUCAAUGAUCUUGGUUUUGAUGGUUGCCCCACGUGUUCCACCUCCAGCAAUCUGAACCGCAUCCAGAUCCUCAACCUGGCCUGCAACCUCGGCCAUGAGGGCUGCAUCAGCGAUAGCUUGGAGAAGUGGAACAGAUUCAAGAACGAUGAUGUUGCUGUCGAUGUGAAUCUCCGUCGUCACGUUUACUGCGUCGGUCUUCGCCACGGCAACAGCAGUGACUACGAGUUCCUUUUCUCCAGAUACAAUUCCUCGGAGAACACCGCAGAUAUGGUUGUCAUACUCCGUGCCUUGGCGUGUACUAGAGACGAAAGCUCAUUCCAGGAUUACCUCUACCAGUCGAUGCACAAUGACAAAAUAAGAAUUCACGACAAAACGAACGCAUUCAGUUUCGCCCUACAAGGAAACCGUGAGAAUUUGAAUGCAGUCCUGCAAUUUUUGUACAACAAUUACAAUGAAAUCAGGACAACAUAUGGCGGACCAGCGCGUCUGACCAUAGCAAUCAACUCCGUGGCUGCCUUUUUAACCGACUUUGCUGAUAUUCAAACUUUCCAAAACUGGGCGUAUGCGCAACAAGUGGCACUUGGGACUUCAUUCCAAAACGCCGUAUCUGUUGUCGACACUGCUUUGAGCAACCUCCAAUGGGGAAGUAGCUCUGCGAGAGAAAUAUUAGAAGAAGUACUAGCUAGAUCAUCUUCUGUAGGGAUUACUUCAUCUAUUGUUUUGAUACUGGCAGCUUCUUUCGCUCAUUUGUUGCGUUAAGUUUUUAAAAUCAUUACUGCGUGUAGCGUUAUUUUUUUUAUGCGUCACUUUAAUGUAAAUAGUAAGGUUGCCAGUAUUUUUGUGAAUACAAUGUAGUCCCGAUUUUAAUUUAGUAAAUUAUUUUGUAAUAAAUAUUUUUUCUAUAAC